UUUUCUCUUGGCUAUGGAUGUUGUGAUUAUCCGUAGGUGGUAGAUGGUCUCUGACUGUCGAACGCGGAGGUACCACCCGGCGGUUCUCGUAGGCGGAGCCAGAAUGUGUGCAUGUUGCAUGCAUACGUGUUCCCUCUCCAGAGUCCGUGUGGCGUCCCCCUCUUUCCCAUGUAUCCCCCUAUAGCCCCACGGUACCCAAUGGGUGCUUAGGCCUUAGGCCUUCGUGGUAGUUGGUUCAAUUGUGAGGCUAUCAGGCUGGAUAGAUAUUUAGGGUGUUUCAAGGUCGAUUUUGGAAACUGUAAGAG